GACAGAGAGGGAGAGAGAGAGACGGAAGCAGGCGGGGGGAGCGCGAGACAGCAGCGGACUGAGAAGACCCGGUUGAGCGAGAGGGAGGGAGAGAGAGAGUGAGAGAGAGAGGUCGGGAGUGAACGCGAGGAGGGGAAAACGACGGCCAUCAGGGUCGGACAAUACGGCUCCAGCUGACCCCCUAAGGAGGCAAAGCGCGAUAGAAAACGGAUGGAUGGAAAUGGGAUUUUUCCGAGGCACCAGAUCAGGAGAGGGGGAGGACCGAGUGACUGAGUGAUUGUCGGACACUUUGAAUGACGGCGCACCUGCUGCUUCUGAGGGACUUUGAUUUUCUCCAUUUUUAAAUUCAACUUUGUAAAAUUGCUUUCGUCAUGCCGUCCAACAGUCCCGCAGUCACCGAACUGUCUCGGACGCCAGAAAACAAAAGCUCCAAUGACGUGAGUGAAGAUGGAGCAGACCAGGACAGUCCAGAGGAGGCGACUCUGGGGAGCCCUCCAAACAAGCGCCGAGUGGGCCGUCCGAGCAGGAAACGCAAACAGUUUCUUCCUGAGAUGGCAACGUCUGACCCCUCUGCCCCCUCAACUCUGCCGGGGGAGCUGGAGCACUCCCCUUCCCCUCGCAAGAAACGUGGGCGUCGGAAACUAGAGCAUAACGACAGGAAUAAGGAUGAAGCCGACGACAGAAGCUGUGACUCCCCUCGAGAGGGUGAGACAGGGAGGUUGCGUAGGAAGCCGGUCCCCAGGGUGACUUUCCAGGCUGGAGACCCGUACUACAUCAGCAGGAGACAGAAAGAAGAAUGGCUCAGCCGCUGGAAGAUGGAGGCGGAGAGACAGGCUUACAGGAAAGCUGAGAUAUGCAUGAUGGACGACCUCACAUCAGAAGGCGACUUUCAAAAAGAGGAGGAGCCAGCCAGUCCGGACCCUCUGCCAUCCCAGCAGCAAACAGAUCCCGCCUCGCCAACCGUUGCCGUAACACCAGAACCAGUGGCCAGAGGAGACCAGGCAACGCCCAGAGAGAUUGAGUACCAGGAUGGCAGGGGCUUUGGCAUCGGCACGCUGGUGUUCGGGAAGCUGCGAGGUUUCUCCUGGUGGCCUGGCAGGAUUGUUUCCUGGUGGAUGAGCGGCCGUAGUCGAGCCGCCGAUGGGACUCGCUGGGUCAUGUGGUUUGGAGAUGGCAAAUUCUCGGUGGUUUGCGUGGAGAAACUCAUGCCGCUCAGCUCUUUCUCGUCUGCCUUUCACCAACCCACCUACAACAAACAGCCCAUGUACCGUAAAGCCAUCUUUGAGGCUCUGCAGGUGGCAAGUACGCGAGCAGGACGACCCACUCCUUCCUGUGACCCGAGUGAUGACGCAGAAGGUGUGGAACCUCAGACCAGACAGAUGAUAGAAUGGGCUAUGACUGGCUUCUUGCCCAACGGCCCACAAUCACUGGACCCUCCUGAGGAGGAGCAGAACCCGUAUAAAGAUGUCUACUCUGAGAUGUGGGCAGAACCGGAGGCGGCAUAUACUCCUCCCCCUGCCAAGAAACCUCGCAAGAACGCCGCGGAAAAAGCCAAGAUCAGAGAGGUGAUCGACGAAGGAACCAGAGAGAGACUUAUACAGGAGAUAAAAAAGAAAACACGAAACAUAGAAGAUAUCUGCAUCUCCUGUGGAAGCCUCAGCGUCUCUCUGGAGCAUCCCCUCUUCAUGGGAGCAAUGUGUGUGGGUUGCAAAAAUUCCUUUUUAGAGUGUGCCUACCAGUACGACGAUGACGGCUACCAGUCCUACUGCACCAUCUGCUGCGGAGGCAGGGAGGUGCUCAUGUGCGGCAACAACAACUGCUGUAGGUCAUCGAGAGUUGUCACUGCUCUGGGGGCAAUCGGCUCGGCGGCGGCGGCCAUCAAAGAAGAUCCAUGGAACUGUUACAUGUGUGGGCCCCGAAACACCUACGGGUUACUGCGGCGACGGGAUGACUGGCCUUGCCGACUACAGCAUUUUUUUGCCAACAAUCACGAACAGGACUUUGAGCCAGCCAAGUUGUAUGCUCCAGUCGCAGCAGAAAAGAGGCAGCCAAUCAGAGUCUUAUCACUGUUUGAUGGCAUUGCCACAGGACUUUUGGUGCUAAAGGAUCUGGGCAUCCAGGUCGAUAAGUACGUGGCGUCCGAGGUUUGUGAGGACUCCAUCACCGUCGGCAUGGUCAGACACCAGGGACGCAUCAUGUACGUGGGCGACGUCCGCAACGUAACCCAUAAACAUAUCGAAGAGUGGGGACCGUUUGACCUGGUGAUAGGUGGAAGUCCCUGCAACGACCUCUCCAUAGUAAAUCCUGCACGCAAGGGCCUUUACGAGGGAACUGGGCGAUUGUUUUUCGAGUUUUACCGUCUGUUGCACGAGGCUCGACCAAAAGAGGGUGACGAGCGGCCUUUCUUCUGGCUCUUCGAGAACGUUGUCGCCAUGGGCGUCAGUGACAAACGGGACAUAUCUCGCUUUUUAGAGUGCAACCCUGUGAUGAUCGAUGCCAAGGAAGUUUCUGCUGCCCACCGUGCUCGAUAUUUCUGGGGAAACCUGCCCGGCAUGUCAAGACCCCUGAGCCCCAUGACGAAUGACAAGCUGGACCUGCAAGAGUGUCUCGAGCAUGGUCGCACUGCCAAGUUUGAGAAGUUGCGUACGAUAACGACUCGCUCCAACUCUGUGAAGCAGGGGAAAGAUGAGCAUUUCCCCGUCUACAUGGACAACAAGGAGGACAUCCUCUGGUGCACUGAGAUGGAAAGGGUGUUUGGUUUCCCUGUCCACUACACCGACGUGUCCAACAUGAGCCGGCUGGCAAGGCAAAGGCUGCUGGGACGUUCGUGGAGCGUUCCCGUCAUCAGGCACCUCUUUGCCCCUCUAAAGGAGUACUUCGCCUGCAACUAGUCACACAACUCUCUCUCUCUCUCUCUCUCUCUCUCUCUCUCUCUCUCUCUCUCUCUCUCUCUCUCUCAAUCUCUCACCUCUCUGACCCUCACAUACACUCACGUACACACGCAUACACACACUUUGUGACGACAGAUACAGUAACUGUACAUAGCACACAGCUCGUACAUGAAGGUUGGCUGACGCAGAUGAAACAGAUGACCAGACAGACAUACGAAUACACCACACACACACCGCUAAGGACUUCAUCCCUCGAUCCCGUAUAACCUACUGGCUAAUCUUGGUCCCCAGGUGCUGCCUUGUGCACACACACAUACACAUACACUUGCUAGUGCAUAUUCUGUACUGUAUAAUAUGCAGUACAGAUAUACAGUGUAUAUCACACCCAAACUUCCUUCCACUUGACCUUAAACUGAUGUCUUCUGCUGUUUUGCAUUAGUUACAGUCUCGCCGAGGCACCGACACACCACAUCUCUCUCAAUACAUCACCAAAACGUAUUAUUACAAAUGUAAGACAUUACGUGCAUAUUGUGGAGGUGCUGAAGUUGCAUUAUUGAUGCAAUGAACAUAUUACAGUAUAUCCAAACACACAUCCACCACACACACCAGCUAAAACCUGCGGUGCUGGCCGGCAUGUAGUCGAGGCCAAAUGGUGCCACUUUUGUGUGACAUUUUUAUUACUGUUCUUGGUGCUCUCAGAGACUUUUUUUGGUCUCGGUUUGUUUUCAGUUGCUGCGGUUUGGUCUCCCGAGCAGAUUUAAGCCAAAUACUUCCAAGCAGGCACAGAGGUUAAACCAGCUACAGAGGCUGUACUCGAGGGCUGAGAGAGAAAGAAAACAACAAAAAAAAACGACACUCCAUGGUAACUUUCCCAAAAAUAACUCCUCUUUCAUCCCUCUGUUGAAUAAAUCUCAGUGUGGAUGAGUUAAUCGUUGGAGCAGUGAGCCAAAGUAACAAAUAUAUUUUCAUUUGUACUUUGCUAUCAAACGCUAUCUGUCUUUUCGAGUCAGUCAGAAGGGUUGUUUAGCAAAUCCCACAUUGGGAUGAGGGUACAUUUUACUCUUCACUCUCUGGGAAUGUACCUUUUCAAAAGUAUUUAGUGCCCUCAAGUGGCUCGGGAAAAAAAAAAGAAAAAUAAAACCGUGCGGCUCGUGUCGGUGCUUCAUUAGAAUUUUGUGGGAUUUCAUACAAAAUGUGCUGCACUGUAUUUGUUACUUGAAACGUCUGUCUUUUCAAAAUUAACAUUAUGAAAAGAACAGAUGCUCUUUUAUGUACCCAAUAUUUAUAUCCAGCAAUAACCCCCUGUAACAUUGUGGAAAAGACAGCAUUUGCUUAGCAAAACAGCAUUUUCAGCACAGUGUAUUUGUCGUGUUUAUGUAGCGUGUGCCAUUUUUUUGGCUGUGUGCGAGUCAACUACUGAGCAAACCUGAUUAUAUUCUCCGGCAUGCUGGAACUUACUAUACUUAGCGCUCAGCUUUGAAUACAGUAGAGUAGAGAGAGUACUGUAAUAGUUACUGCCAGUUAGCAUAUAAAAUAAACUUUGCGCUUGUUCUUUUUUUUUUCUCAAUCAAACUUUAAUCACUGAUUCCAUACAUGCUGUCUCAUCUAAUCGGCGAUUGUAUGAUCGAAUUAGCCCGACGUGAUACAUCCCAAAUUGUGCUUUCUCAAGUGUUUGCUGCUAUGCUACAAAAAAAAA